AGUGUUUUUUGAGCCUCAGCUUUCGUCUACUUUAGUCAUUCACUAACACAGCAAUGCAGGACUUUCAUGGAUAUACUGUUUCCAUCUCUGGUGUGCUGUUGUUUGUGCUUCUACAGGGUUUGUGUGUUGGUUUGUCUGACACAGUGAUGGUGCUCAAAGUUGGGAGCUCCCUGGAUCUUCCUGUUCAAUACCCAACUGAAUCAGAGUUAUCGGUUCAGUGGAUCUUCAAUGGGAAAACUUUUGCUGAAUACAGUACAGAUCAAAGUUACACACUUCUGGAAUCCCAGUUCAGUGGAAGAUUAAAGGAGGACAAUGAUAGAGUUGGAGUAACUGUACAAGAUCUUCAACCCCAAGACUCUGGGACAUUCUCAGUGGCUGCAGAAGACACUGAAACACAGCUUCCAACACAGACAUUUAAAGUUUAUAUUCAAAUUCCCAUAACAGCUGUACAGAUUGAGAAGACGUGGAGAUUGUCCACAAACAGCUGUGAUGUUGAUGUGAAGUGUGCAGCGCUUGGAGCUGAGAGUGUCUCCUACCUGUGGAGCGGCUAUAAGACUGGGAGUGGAGCUCAGCUGCAGUUCAGUCUCUCACCAGCAGAAGGAGCUGUUACACUGAACUGCACUGCAGCUAACAACGUCAGCUCCAGUUCUGCUACAGAGACACUGAGCUGUAGCAUCAAACAUGGUGUGCAUGUUGUUUUGGCUAAUCAGAAGACAGUGAUCAGAGCUAGAGGGAGCUCCCUGAACUUUCAGCCAGAAUAUCCAGAUGGGACAGUGUCAUUCGCUGAGUGGAAGUUCAAUGGGAAAAAGUUUGCUGACUACACUUCAAACCGCAAUUACUCAUUUCCAGAAUCCCAGUUCAGUGGAAGAUUAAAAGAGAACCAUGAUAAAGUUGGAGUAACUGUACAAAAUCUUCAACCCCAAGACUCUGGGACAUUCUCAGUGGUUGCAGAUGGAACUAGAGGACAGCCUCCAACACAAACAUUUAAAGUUUAUAUUGAAGACCCCAUUACAGCUGUGCAGAUUGAGAAGAAUCAGACGUGGAGAUUGUCCACAAACAGCUGUGAUGUUGAUGUGAAGUGUGCAGCGCUCGGAGCUGAGAGUGUCUCCUACCUGUGGAGCGGCUAUAGGACUGGGAGUGGAGCUCAGCUGCAGUUCAGUCUCUCACCAGCAGAAGGAGCUGUUACACUGAACUGCACUGCAGCUAACAACGUCAGCUCCAGUUCUGCUACAGAGACACUGAGCUGUAGCUCUGAACAUCCCAGAACAGGUCAUCAUAACAGGCAGUAUGCUGUAACUGUAAUUGAGGAAUAAACACUUGGCUCUCUGUGGUUCCCAUGUCACAGAUUUACAGUUUAUUGAAGCUGAAAAAAAUUUACUCUGCUUAAAAUAUCUUGCAUAGUUUUAUUUUUUUAAAUGAUUUUUUCAUUUACACUCAGAUCUCAGGGGCACAGAAUGUACAGCAUUACUGUUCUUAUGUUUGCAGUUUUCUGGAUUGAAUGUUGGAGCUUCUCUUCCAGGUUAGGGGUCACAACACUGUGUGCCCUUAUGACUGCUUGGAAAACUCAAUUUUCACUCAUCUUCAACCUUUCAGUUCCUCUUCCAGCCCCUUGUAUUUCACUCAUCUUCAACCUUUCAGUUCCUUUUCCAGGCCCUUGUAUUUCACCAGAUUCUUGUAUUUCUUCAUUUGUAUGUUGCCAUCAUUUGAUUGCCAAAUCUAUCACAACUGCAGUAUUCUGCUCCUUUUCUAUUCUCACCAUCUGUUUGUUUGUCUGGCUGUAUCUGGAGGACACACUGGAUUUUUGUUUUCUUUUGUUUUCUUCUGCUCCCUGUGAUUCCUCUCAUCAGGAGAUAGGACUGUCCAAACCAUAUUCAUGUUUAUCUGUCCCUGUACACAAUCCCCACUAUGUUUACUGCAGUUAAAAUCAUAAUGUGUUGUAAUAGACUAAAUGUAAUCUGGUUUGUGUAAUCUGAUCAAGGACUUGUGAACAGAGGAGUAUUUUAAUGUCAGAGUAUCUUUAUAUUUAUAUAAUAUGCUUCAUUACAUUUUUGGAUAUCACUGUGACUGAGAGAACAUUUUAUUUUAGAAAAAGAGAAAGCAGGAGGGAGAGGGGAAGCAUUUGUAGUUUUAAUGUAAAAUGUUUAUUCUCUAACUAUUCUCUGGAUUUGGCCUUGAUAUCUGUUUCUGGACUGUUGUGAAUGACCUCUGGACAGUUUCUGACUCUAAUUUUGUAUACUGGACUCUUGUAUUUAUUAAUAAACCUCCAGGACAUGGAUCCUCACACAUUUCCUGAGUCUUACAACUCAUUACAUUUAGCAGAUACCAGCUUGCAUUAAAAGUUUAAUUUUGUGUAUGUUUAUAAAUAUGUAAGGAAAGCAGUAUUUGCUGGUUAGUAUUUCUGAAAUGAAUCAGCUAAUGAAAUAGUUAAACAUCUACUGAAAUGUAUUUGUUCUGGAAUACACAGUCUCUAUGUACUUAAAAUGAAUUGACUGUCGUGCCAGCUGUAAUUCAAAUCACAGGUUUAUAUUAAAGUACUUAUUAUAAUACAUUAUUGGUUUUAUAUAUAAUAACCACUUACACAGAGACUUGAAAGCCACACACUCCAUGCAAACUAAUUUUAAAAAAUGUGUGCAAUUGUUGAUGUGGUGAUGUUUUCUGUAAGGGGAUGUAUAUUCAGUAUUUUUUUAAUCCUCUUUUUUUUCAGUUUUAGUAUUGAGAUAUGCAAUGUAGUGUCUGAUCCUGAACAGCUGUAUUGCACACAGUAGAGGACCACACGUUGGCCCUUAACACAAUCUCCUUACCCCAAAACUGCCCAGCUGUGUCUCCAUGUUCUCCUUCUACCAGAUCUGCUGAUAAAUAAUAUUUUAGCUUUGAAAUUUCACUUUAAGAGCAUAAUGGUUUGCAAUAAAAAAUACUUGCCAGUGGAUUCUGUGUACAGUAAAUGUCAUUUGUAAUCCAGACGAAUCUAAUGACUUUUAAAGGGGUAGAAUACUUUUGCAAGGCACAGUAAGUUUUUUUUGGGGGGUCAGUGCAUGUUUAUAGUAAGUAAGUA